AUGCUUGAAUCCAGGGUGGAGGGAGAAGAGAAUGAGACCCUGCCCAGCGAGGUGGAGGAGAUGAGUGGAAGAGCCAACGUGACCCUGGACCCGGGCACCGCCAACCCCUUCCUCAUCCUGGCUGGUGACCAGCGAGGCGUGAGCCGUGGGGACGAGUGGACCUGGGUGCCCGACACGGCCGAGCGGUUCGACACGGAGCCGUGUGUGCUGGGCAGCCAGGGCUUCGCCAUGGGGAGGCACAGCUGGGCCGUGGCGGUGGCCGAGGGGGGCGACUGGUGGGGUCUGGGGGGGGGCCGGGACUCUGUCAGGAGGAAAGGGGUCCUCGGCUUUACCCCCCAGGAGGGCAUCUGGGCCGUGGGGCAGUGGUUUGGACAAUACUACGCUUUCACUGAGCCCGACUGGACCCCCCUGCGCCUCCCCUGCCUCCCCAGGGCCAUCCGGGUCUGCCUGGACCUGGACUUCACAGACAGGCAGGUGGCAUUUGCUGAUGCUGAAAACAAAGCCCCAAUCUUUGCUUUCUGCCUGGAUUCAUGUCCUGGGGAGAAGCUGCGCCCCUGGCUCUGGGUGGGGAUGGACUCGUGGCUCCAGCUGUGUCCCUGA